GAUGUGUUGGGUACCUUUUCUGUGUGUAUGCUCAGGCAGGCUGUGUGUGUUUCUAGUUGGCUUUAGAGGGAGUCAGGUACAGGUUCUGCCUUCUGCACUUUCCAUCUUAACUAGUAGUCAACUUCCAAGUUUAACUAGUUAAAGCUCUACCAGCAGCAGGCCCUAACUACCUGCCUGCCCUUCACCCAGUAAUCCUCCAUGUCUUUGCUCAGAGGAUUGCUCCCCGACUCUGGUGUUUGUCCUCCUGGUACGCCUUGGACUAUGAUAGUCAAACUCUCCGUGCCUUGACGGUCCUGCAGUCUCCCUUUCCCGUCUCGUUCACUCUUUCCCAGAAUGAAGGCUGACUGCCACCCUGCUUCCCACCCCAGGAAUUGGCACAUCUAAGUUCAGCCUUCCUUAGUUACCCCUUGAGUCCUGCUUUCCCUUCACAUAUUCCACAGAACACCCACCCCAUGUCUGCUUCAUAGCUACUCUCUUCUCCACGUACCCACAGAAGGCAGAAGUGGUGCCAGGCAAGAAGAUGGGAUUGUUGCAUUUUGUUUUGUUUUUGAGACUCUGUCUCACUAUGUAGUCCUGGCUGGCCUGGAACUCAGAGCUCUGCCUGCCUCUGCCUCUUGAGUGCUGGGUUUAAAGGCUCGGGGUCACAUGCACAGCUCAAGCUGCACUCUGAUGUGGUUUCCCCUGUUGCUAGAUUAGCGUCUGCCUUCCCCUAGUGGAGAGGCUGAUCGCCAGCACUCUGAUGCAGGACUCCCGGUGUUUAGGCUCACUCACUAUUGGUUUCCUUGGCACAGGGUAGUCACUCAAUAAAUGUUCCUCUAAAAGCUGAGUGGCUGAAUCAAAGUACCAGCAAUACCGUGUCCCCAAUGUCCCCUAGAGCCUAGUUUGGAGGUCUCCUCAGAGAUAGAGUCUCAGCAGAGAGCAGCAUCCAUGCUGCGGUGGUACUGAAUGAGGAGCCAAGCAACUCAAAGGGGCCCGGGAUGGCGAAAUGGUAAAGAUGGGACCUCCUAGAUCAAACCAGAAGACAAGCCUCCAGACCUCCAGGAAGCUGAGGAGAGCUGGCAGAGAACUCAGCAUAGCCUGAGCUCUUACCACUUGGGCCCUUCACAAGGCACUCUCUCUCCCCUACAACCUUCUGGCUCAGUGCGUUGUUCUCUUCCCCCACAACCUCCUCUGCGAGUACAGAGAAUACAGACCAUUAGGGCCCUAGCUGCACUGCCCUAGAAUCCACGCAUCUACGCCCUACGCCUAGCCACGCCCACUGGCUCUGGCGGGGGCGGGGUCAGGGGCCUCCACGUGCACUUUUUGCCGGUUGCUCCGGCCACAGCCCCACCCAAUCAGGCUGGGUUGCCCUGGAGAGGGCAGUCGCGCAGUUGCUUGGCUGAGUGGAGAUCCUCGGGGUGAGGCCCACAGAGUCCCGUUUCAUCUUGCCUCUCACUCGAGGGGUCCAAAAGCACCACUAUGUCAAGUGAGCCAAGUACUACAGGGACCUCACCCAGGACUCCGCGUCCUGGGGCCCAGAAGUCAUCCGGAGCAGUAACCAAGAAAGGGGAUCGGGCUGCAAAAGAUAAGACAGCAAGCACCCUGCCCCCGGUGGGUGAGGACGAGCCAAAAAAUCCGGAGGAGUACCAGUGCACGGGGGUCCUGGAGACAGACUUCGCUGAGCUCUGCACACGGUCAGGCUACAUGGACUUUCCCAAAGUUGUCACCCGGCCACGGGUCCAACAGAGCUCUGCCCCUUCCGCCUCCACGUCAGAAAAACCUGUCCUAGAUGACCAAAGACCGUCGGCAUCCUGCAGCCAGAGCAGCCUGGAGAGCAAGUAUGUGUUUUUUCGGCCUACUAUUCAAGUGGAGCUGGAGCAGGAGGACAGCAAGGCCGUGAAGGAGAUCUACAUUCGAGGUUGGAAAGUUGAAGAUCGGAUUCUGGGUAUUUUCUCCAAAUGUCUGCCCUCCCUCAGCCAGCUGCAGGCCAUCAACUUGUGGAAGGUCGGGCUGACGGAUAAGACCCUGACCACCUUCAUCGCCCUUUUGCCUCUUUGUUCCUCCACACUCAGGAAGGUAUCUCUGGAGGGGAACCCGAUACCAGAGCAGUCCUUUAAUAAGCUGAUGGGACUGGACAGCACGAUUGUUCACUUGUCUCUGAGGAACAACAACAUCAACGACCACGGGGCGUAUCUCCUGGGCCAGGCGCUGUCCACACUGCAGAACAGCAACCGAACCCUGGUUUCACUGAACCUAGCAUUCAACCACAUCGGAGACGUGGGCGCGGGCUACAUUGCAGAUGGCUUGAGGCUGAACCGAUCUCUCCUCUGGCUGUCCCUAGCGCACAACCACAUUCAAGACAAGGGAGCACUGAAGCUGGCCGAGGUCCUGCGCCCCUUUGAGCUGACCCACAGGGAGGUGGUGGAGCGGCGGCGCCUGCUGCUGGUGAAAGGAACGCAGGAGCGGUCUCGAUCGCCUUCCUCCUCCCGAUACGGGGACUCCAAAGCAGAACGUGAGAAGUCUCAGACGUUGGGGAUCAGCAAUGUCACUUUGGUGGACAAGCAAGAAAAGAUGCAGUCACUGAAAGCCCCUAAGACCAUAAGCAAGAAAAAGGAGAAGACAGGGGAAGUUGUCAAGAAGGAAGAGAAGCUGGGCUCUGGGCAGUCACCCACACAAGGAACCCCUAAGAAAGAAGAUGCCUCAAAGGCAGGCAAGGGGAAGGUAACCAUCCCUGAGCAGAAGAUGAGCAAGGGAAAAGCGACGAAGAUGGGGGCCAAAGAGAAGCGCAGCAUCCUCCUGGAGUCAGAACAGCUGGUUGUUGAAGCUACAGAGAUGGUUAACCCUCUCCUGGAGCCCGUGGAACACCGGGAUGGGAAGGUCUUCCUGCCUGGGAACAAGGUCCUUUUGCACCUCAACCUCCUGCGAAACCAAAUCACAGAGGUGGGGCUGGAAGGCUUCCUCACUGCUGUGCAAUACCAGGUUCAGGUCUCCAAGUCCAAGACUUCACCCAAGGCCCCCCUGGGUCUGCUGUGGCUAUCCUUGGCGAAAAACUGCUUUGACCCACAGUGUCCAACACACGUCAUGAUUCAAGAACUGAUGUUGCCAAGGGACCCUGUGAAGGCCAAGGCCAAGGAGGAGGAGGCUGCACCUACCUAGGUCUCCUACAGGCAGCCUGUCUCCCUGGGAGGUAGCUUGGACCAGUAACAUAGUCUCUUGCUGUGCUGUUCCUUGAAAAUCACUCCAUAAGUGUUUGGAACGUUUGGGUUCUUAAGUCUGUUCAUAUUCCCUGGCUAGACAGGGACGAAUGUUGGCCUGAAUCACACCAUGGCUCCAUUGGGGGAUGAACUGAGCUCCUGGCUAGGGCCAGUGCUCUGAGAGUCCCAGCAGCAUCCUCCAGGCCAUCUCUGUCAGCAUGCACAGCCUUAGGAUGAUGGGGGUUAGUUAGCACAAUGACGGAGGGAGCGGGCUUGGAACUAGGACCCAGCCUUCUCUGAUGCUAUCUCCAUGUGUUUGUCUGGUUUUCAAGAGGCCAGGGCUCUGCUUUAAAGGAUGAGGGCACUCUGGAGAGGGUACUGUAUCCAACUUGCAUAACAAAGGCCAAACCUUAGACACACGUACACACCGAAGGCAGGUCAGCAACUAGAAAUCAUGGACAUCCAGAGCAGAGCUGCCUCUGCUGAGGAUUCUGGAGAGCCCAUGCCAACCUGCAGGGAAUCUCCAACCAAGGUAAAUCUCCCUCAUCUUUAGCCCCUCUACCUACCAGAGCUCCAGCCCGGCUGGCAAGUGGCUCUGGGGAUCUCUCUGACUGCUCUGAGUCUUAGUCACUGUGUUAAGGUGCACCAUGGCUUUUCCAGUUAUGUCCUAGGUCCUCUAAGGCAUGGCUCAGCUGCCAUGGCUCUUCCUGGUCUGUGGGAAGGAGGGCAGUGUGGUGACCCUCUUCAUGCUUUGCAUCUGAGAGUAGGUCACAGCAGCCCUGUUCCUUCGUGUGACGUAACCACAAUGUCCUUUUCUGGGCCAGAGCCAGUUGUCCAACCUUUGCUGAGAAGGUCUACACACCGGCACUUUGGGAGGUGGAAAGACCUGGAAAGACAGGAUGGCUGUGGCAGGGGCUCUCUUGUCUCCCUCUACCCAUUUUUGACCGGUCACACCGGCAGCCUCACACCCUCUAUCAGGCUAAGAAUCAUACAACCACAAUGGAAGAAUAUUUAACUUUUCUUUAAAAAAAUCUUAACCAUGAAAGGAAGAAAAUAAGAGUAUACAUUAUUUUAACAGUAAAACAGUCAUUUCCAUAUCUAUAUUUUAUAUAUUAUAUAUAUUUAUAUAUAUGUAUAUAUACACCUAGCACAGUGUGUAUGUUCAUUGUAGGGAGUGGCGUGAGGACGGGGUGAUGAGCCAACAGUGCUGCGGCCCCUGGGGAAGGAAGGGCCCUGACUUAACUCAGGGACUCCAGCAAUCCACUUCACAUCUCUCUUGGGGGUCUGUGUUGAGAUCCGUACCUGGUGUAUUGUUUCUAUGGGACAAGUGGGGAAGGGCUGGGUAAGACACUCCCUGCAGGGGCAUUUCCUGACACUGAGAAGGCCUAGGCUUCAGAGGUGGGCGGGCCCUGGAGCUUGACAGCACUGGAAUCUGGGAGACCUCCCUGCCAUUGGGACAUAACCAAUCAUGGCCCUGAGCGGGGCUGCUGCCUGGCUCUCUGUGACUGGUUGAACAUGCCAGGGACAGAAUAAAAGGCUAAGUUAUUUACAAUGGCAAAGAUACACAUACAAUAGACAUAUUUAUAGGAAACUAAAGGGCAAAGAGGAGAGCCAGGCAUCUAGCUGUCUUGGGGCCUAGGAAGAAGAGGAGGAAGAAAGUGCAUUUACACAUAAGCCUCCUCAAGGGCACUGUGCACAUAGCACACUCCACACUGGCUAUGUGGGGUGGAGGCCUUUCUAUUGUGGUCAGCAUGCUUAGGAGACGAAAGCCACGGAGACUCGGUCUAACAGGAGGAAGAGACACUAAACUGGACUGUCUGGUGGGAACAGACCAGGCAACAUGAGGGAUUCCCAGGCCUCACAGCAUCUUUCACGGGGCUCGGGUCUCCUAGUGUGGUGCUCUGGCUCAGGCCAGACUCUGGUUGUCUGGAUGGCUAUGGUCCUGGUGACGAAGCUGUGUCUGUGGCACUGUCUUCCAGGGGGGUGUCGGAGCCUGUGGGAAGAUGGUGAGGGUGAGACGCUGGCUACAUUUGAGAGGUUCUCUUUCAUGUCCCUGGCUGAUUCUUGAGUGCCAGUUGUGACAAAGCUUAUAUGUAACAGAAUGUCUGGA